UAUCUGAUUAAGGACUUACAUAUUGACUACAUACAAUGAAAAUGAAUAGUUGUUUUAUGGAUUGAAUUGAUACUUGAGCAUUGUAUUUCGUUGUUCUGAGGUGGAUAGCCACCACAUGAUGAAUUUGUCUGUUAAGAUACUGUGGAGCUAUUGUCAGGAUCUAUCAAAUGAACGACGAUUUCCACGAACGAAAGAUACAGUGAGUGAUAUGGAAAAAAACCCCAAAUUGCUUCAUAUCGACGAAGGAAGGAUCUCAUUCAGUGCUCGUUUGUUAGCUCGAUAGGAAUAUUCUGAGUGUGGUUGUUGUUCCACGUGGGACGCGUAUAUCUGCAGAAAAAGUUAAAUAUGGCAGGAGAAGAAUGUUUAUCUAAAGUCGCAGUCUUCAUUCAAGAAGGAAAGGCACUGAGAUCACUUUUGAAAGGCACACGGUUAGAUGAGCCUGUAUUACCCGACAUAUUUACUUGGAUCAGCCACGAACUGUUCAAAGACAUUGAACUGACGCCUAUUGCUCUACGACAUGCCAUACAAACACAUAUUUUAACCGGCCGGAAAGAUAUAACAGAGGUCCUCAUAGAUAUAUUAACCGGAUCUGGGCAGAAUGAGAACAAGCUAGAAGCACUCCAAAAUCAAGUACUUGACCCACAGUAUGACAAAGCCAAUUCUGUUAUAUAUUUCUAUUGUCUAGCAACGUUUGUUGACCUUGACAUUUAUGUCGUGAAUUCUGAGAGUAACAAUGAAUGCAAAUGGAAAGAAUACAAGUCAUUGAAACUACUGAAUAUUAAACAAGAAAUAGAUUACAGAAACAAGGUGUACAAGUUUAAUGUUAACAGAAAGAAACAACCCGGCUUCCUGAUGGCGUACAUGCACAUGGAUGCCAGCGGACUGCAUAUGUACAUAAUACAAUCACAAUCGAGCCAACCUCAGAGACCGACAUGCAAAGGAAUGGUGGAGCUGGCGGCACGUCAAUUAAGAAGUACUCCACUAGCUGCAAUUACAGUUCCGCUCUCGUUGGUUGUUGAUGUUCAACAGAAUGCCGCUCAGAUACCAGAGAAGUGCAAACGCAUCAGCUUCUGGGUAGAAGAAUUUUGUCGUGAAACAGACUGCUGGCAUAUUUUCGAAAGGAAAAUUGAGGUCCAAAAUGUAGAUGGCGUGAUGAGAUUCAGAGUACCAAGAUCCGAUUCCACAAUCCGUCUAAAGUUUAUAAAGCAUUUGUCAGACGCUUCAAGGGAUCACGUGUUAACUUUCUGCAGAAUCCUUUUAAGGCGUUGUGAAUUCAAAGUGUUAGAGGGUUUGAGUGACCGCUUUAAAUCAGCCGAUAUUCCAUUCAAACAUAAAUACGCAGUCUUAAGCAAUUUUGAGACGGAAUUAGGAAAGUUCAAUGAUGCUAUAUCUAUCGGGACAAAGCCGUCUGAAUUACAAGAAAGGAGGGGAAGAGUCAACAAUGCAGUCAUUGGUACAUCCAUAUCCGGCUUGGUUGGAGGUGUUCUCGGAGUUGUUGGUCUUGCUCUUAUUCCAGUAACAUUCGGAGUAUCCUUAGGUUUAACCAUUGCUGGUGGUGUGAUUGGUGCCUCAAGCGGAAUAGUGCAAGGCGGUUUCCGCGUUCACGAAGCGGUUAAGGAGAACAAAUCAACUGCUCAAAUUAGGGAAACGUUGGAAAAGGUAAGAGGCGACUUUGAAAAAGCGCUUACAGAUUUCACGAGAGAAUUCAAUCUAGAUGCCAUUGGAAACAGCGGUCCUGAAAGUCCAGGUUUGAACAUUCGAGGUAGUUUAUCGAUAGGAGCGAUUUUACGGUCAGUUCAUAGCGGUGUUGGGAUAGGUAUUGCUGCUGCUAAAGUUGGUGCCUCCGCUGCAACAACAGCAGCAGCAAUUCUUGCUCCAGUUAGUCUUAUCCUUGACGGAGGAUUUAUGGCAGAAGCGAUUUAUGGCAAGGCAACAGGUAAUCACACCGAAGCCGGGAGGAAACUUGAAUGUCUACGAGUUUUUCAGACUAUUGUUAAUGCUUCAUACCGGGGAAACGCUGACUUUAACACAAACAUUGUCGAAAAAAUCAUGCAGAACGAUUAAGAGGUAAACAUAGGCGAAAAUACCAUCGUUAACAUAAUUUUUAUGGCCGGUGCCAAAUAGUUUUGGUAAUUCACAAUCCAUGUAACUUCAUCUUCAGUUCUUGAAAUAUGAAAAAGACCUUUCUUUUAUCUGAAGUCAACAAUCUUUAUGGAACGCUAUUUUCUUAUUUGGUCUUUUUUUUCCUCCAAUGUAAAAUUGCUUUGCAAUAGUAUAAUACUAAUUUGUCAACCGAAUAGAAUACCGUUAUAACAUCAAGUUUUUAGACAUGAAAAUGUAUUAAACUAUUACAUCAUUACUGUAUUUGCUCUUUAUGUUGUAUUUUGAAAACGUUUGUAAAGACAUGUAUGUUGUUUUUGUAAUUAUUUAACCUCAAUGAUUUCUAUAAUUGUGUUUGAAUAUUUGUCUGGUACCUUAUUAACCUCAUAAUUUUUCUGAUUGUGUGAAAGGUAUGUUUAGUUGCCAUAAGUGUGACAUACAGUCGGUUAAUGCAUGUCUUACUUUGUUGUUUGUUAAAUGUUUGCAUGUUCAUUUUAUGUUUUAAAGAACAUUUUGUUGUCAACGCGUCGUGUGUAAAAUGCUCGGACAAUAAAUUAGUUAAAAUGCAAAUUGUACAUGUAUUGCAUACUAAAUACGAAAAUAAGGAACAAUAUAGCAUCUGCUUUAGCUGGAGUGUAGUUUGUGACUGUCUAUAGACAUGUUUAGAAAUAAUAAAGACCAAUUAAAACGCAAACCAACUACUCAUGAGUACCAUGUUCUUAAUUAUUACAAAUACGAUUCUUGAAAGUAGCGCGAUGAAAAGUUAUGGCAGAUAAUUAAAGAAUUAUUGACCAUAUUGGUAUGAGAUCAUUUAAAUAUCAUUUAAGUUUGUUAUGUGCGCACUCUAAUCGAAUUCCACAGCACUUUGAAUAAUUAAACUUGUGCAACAAUCUUACAAUAUCCGAAAAUGUUCAAGUGCCGAAAUUCAGUAUCAUUUAGUAAUUGCUUAUAUUUUUUCUUCACAAGUAUAAUGAUUAAAACUCAUUCAAUUAAUAAUUGUACUAGUUUUAUUAGCUCCACUGGCCAGAGGCCAGCGGGGCUUAUGUCAUGGUCCUGUGUCCGUCGUGCGUGCGUGCGUGCGUCCGUGCGUUAACUUUUUCUUUAAACAUCUUCUCCUAAACUACUUGUCCAAUUCUGAUGAAAUUUCUCAUGAAUGUUCCUUGGGUGAACCUCUUUCAAAUUUGUUCAAAAUAUGCCCCUGGGGUCAAAUUUGACCCUGCCCCGGGGGGUCAAAAAAUUGAAAAUUUGCUUAUAUAAGGCCUAUUUUGUGAAAACUUAAAAAAAUUCUCGUCCAUAACCAUUGGGCCUAGGGCUACCAAAUUUGGUAUGUAGUGACAUCUUAUAGUCCUUUACCAAGUUUCUUCAAAUGUUGCCCCUGGGGUCAAAUUUGACCCUGCCCUGGGGGUCAGAAAAUUGAAAAUUUGCUUAAAUAAGGCCUAUUUUGUGAAAACUUUAAAAAUCUGCUCAUCCAUAACCAUUGGGCGUAGGGCUACCAAAUGUGGUAGGUAGUGACAUCUUAUAGUCCUCUACCAAGUUUCUUCAAAUUAUAUCCCUGGGGUCAAAUUUGUCCCUGCCCGGGGAGUCAAAAAAUUGAAAAUUUGCUUAUAUAAGGCCUAUUUAUUGCAAACUUUAAAAAUCUUCUGGUCCAUAACCGUAUGGCAUAGGGCUUCCAAAUUUGGUAUGUAAUGACUUCUAAUAGUCCUCUACCAAGUUUGUUCAAAUUAAGCCCCUCAGAUCAAAUUUCACCGUUCCCCAGGGGUCACAAAAUUUAACAUAUGCUUAUAUUGGGCCCAUUUUGUGCAAACUUUAAAAAUCUUCCUGUCCAUAACCAUUGGGCCUAUUUCUACCACAUUCGGUAUUUAGUGACAUUUAAUAGUUCUCUACUAAGUUUGUUCAAAUUAUGUCCCUGGGGACAAAUAUGACCCUGCCCUGGGGGUCACAAAAAUGAACAUAUGCUUAAAUAAGGCCUAUUUUGUGCAAACUUUAAAAAUCUUCUUGUUCAUAAUUAUAGAGCCUAGGGCUACUAAAUUUUGUGUGUAGUGAUAUCUUAUAGGCCUCUACCAAAUGUGUUCAAAAUUUUCCACUGGGUUCAAAUUUGACCCUGCCCUGAGGGUCACAAAACUGAACAUAUGACGUUUACCAGGGGAGAUUACUGCGGCCGUGUGGCUGUGACCAACAACAACAAAAACAUCUUGUAAACAUGAGAUAAAACCCUGUCAUUUAGUGCCAUUUUAGAUCAGAUGGUGACUUCUUACAAAGGAAUUGAAGUAAGAAAAAGUGUUAUGAUUGUUUUGCUUAUAAACUGAAAAAAGUCGGGUUUUAUUUAAAAAUGUCGAAAGUGAACAUAUAUCCGGAUAAAAAUAUUUCGGAUGCCAUGUUAAUUUAAUGUCUUUUUUGUAGUGUUUAAACCAGUUUAAUAAUAUCUUAUUGAUUUUAAAAACACAACUUCCAUGAACAUAAUUAUUUUAAGAAAAGUCAAUAUAUGAUACUGCAUGGUAAAGUCGAACUUUGUAUCCAAGAGAAGGUGUUUGAAUUAAUGAAGUGCAAUGUUCUUAACUAUCGUAUAUGCUGCUUUUUAAUAACUCAUGAUUCAUUGUUCCAUUUGUGAAUCGUGACUCAUGAAUUGUGGAUAUGAUUGUCAAUUGCUCAACGAUCCAUAUAUAUUUCUGACCAUUUUAUAAUUUUCUUAAAAUAAGUUAUGAAUUGAUCUUAGAAGUCAAAUGUAUUACUUAAUAAAAUACAUUUGUAAAUAUAAAGAAAUAAUCUUUUGAUUAUCAUAAUAUUCUCAGGCCUGUUGGUCUUAGGGAUGUGUGGGUUGUUACUUAUAUUUUGAGAUAAUUCUUUACAAAGAAAGAUGCUACUAUUGUAUUUGUUAUAAAUGUGUGAAAGGCUCUAAGAAGGAACCAGAGCUAAUUAACCCUUUACCAAACACUAACAGGAUUUUACGGGUUUGUUGCUGACAACUUUAUAAAUAAUUGUGAUAAAAGGAGAAAUUGAUCAAGAUGAGCAAUUCCUCCUUUUAUCACAAUUAUUUCUACCCUACCUGAUCAUUUCCUUCAUAUUCCAUUACAAUUUAAUUGUCGUCUGCAACCUCUUUCAAAUUGAGAAAGUCCAAAAUGUGUCGUUUGGUAAAGGGUUAAGGCAUUUUGAUUCCUAUGGGUCUUGUGAAUCUGUUUCAAAUCAAAUGCGUAGAUUUGAUCUUCAGCAUCUAAAAAUAUGUGAAAUAGAAAGAACGACAAUAUCUUUUGGAGAGAUAAAUGUACCUACGUUAUAAGCAAAGGACCUGUGCAACAAUUCCCGGGCUUUUUAGUCUGUUUAGUUAACACGGUAGUAACUUUUUCCAUAUAUAAAAAAGCUCACCCUUCCAACUUUUAAGCGCCCAGUUGGACGAGGGAUAGAAAGAGAAAGUCACAUGCUUAAAUACAUUUCAACCCAUGCGCAUUGCACGUUUUUUUUCGCAUAAAAAACAGUGGAGCGAUACAGGGCCAUCAUGGCCCUCUUGUUAUGAAUACAUGCAUAUAUUUUGUUUGAAGUUUGAUAUCGUGUAUUGCGGAAUAUUCUAAAAAUGCAUUACAACAUAAUGAAAUGUGUUCUUUAUUUUUAUUGUGCUGGUUUUUGAAAACCCUUAUACAUUAAGGAAUUAAGCUGAUAAUUGUACCAAGUUUAUAAAUUGUAAUUAAAGUGAACAUAUUUUUUUCGCAUAAAAAAAACAGUGGAGCGAUACAGGGCCAUCAUGGCCCUCUUGUUAUGAAUACAUGCAUAUAUUUUGUUUGAAGUUUGAUAUCGUGUAUUACGGAAUAUUCUAAAAAUACAUUACAACAUUAUGAAA